AUGUUGCAAGCAUUACAUCGUUGGAUAAAGUCGAUGGGAUUGACGUUUGUCCUCGGCUUCCUCCUCUGCAUCUUCCAAUCCUCAGAAUCCAUCCUCGUCAAACUCUCCAACAACCGACCCGACCCCCAUCCCAGUUCAGCCAAACUCUUGCUCCUCUCCGAGUUUCUCAAGCUUCUCAUUUCAUACACUCUCUUGUCGGUUGAGAGGAAACAGUUGGUGGGCCUCGCCUCGGUGUUCAGGCGGAGGUGCUGUCGGUCUGGAAAGACUUGCUGCAGGUCCGGCAAGAACCCCGACCCUCUCCAGGACGAUGAAGAGCAACAAAUGCACCGCGGCAAGCGUCUCUUGGACAACCAAGAUAAUGACGACGAUGAGGACUACGAAGAUGAUGUCGUCUCUCCUACCACCCCUUCCUCGACAACAUCCUCCUCGUGCAACAUCCCCCCAAUCCUUUUCUUUGCAGUCCCGGGCGCCAUCUACUUUUUCAACAACAACCUCUCCUUCAUCCUUUUGGAACUGAUGCCCGCACCCACAUAUGUCGUCCUCUCGAACCUCAAGAUCCUUACCACAGGACUGUUCUCCUACCUCUUCUUGCACCGACUCUUGACAAAGAUCCAGUGGAUCUCACUCGGGGUCUUGUUCUUCUCGACGGCGGUCUCGCAGGUGGAUUUGGAAAAGGGUCUCUCAUUGUCGAUCUCGAUCCAGGCGUUCUUGUUGAUGGUCCUCUUCUGCUCCCUCUCGGCUGCGGCUUCAGUCUUCUCCGAGUAUGUGAUGAAGGAGCGGUUUGCAAAGGAGUCGAUCCAUCUCCAGAACAUGAAGCUCUACAUGUUUGGAAUCCUCUUCAACGGAAUCACCUACAUGCUAACCCCACCCGCCAUGCCUUACGGCGCACCCCCUGUUGCUCCUGGACCUGGAGCACCCCCACCACCACCAGCAGGAUUCUUCUCUGACAUGACGUUCUUGCAUUUCACGAUCGUGCUCGCCUACGCGUCCUUGGGUCUGGUCACCUCGGCGAUCAUCAAGUUCUCGGGAUCCAUCACCAAAGUCUAUGCAUCGUCCAUGUCAAUGUUCUUUGCAGCCCUGGUCUCGUGGCUCUUCUUGAGCGACCAGUUGACAGUUCUGUUCUUUGUCGGUUGCUUCGGAUGUUGCUACGCACUUCACCUCUACUACCGCGUUGCCCCCUCUUCUUCAGUCGAGCCGGCAACGGCGACCGCAACAGCAGAAGAUGACUCUUCUGACAAGGCAAUGGAGGAUGUGCGUCGGGACUCUGCGAGUUCUUCGACCUCUUCGACGACUCUGGCAGUCUCGUCCUCCCCCGACUCCACCAAGGAUCCCAAGGCUGCUGGCAGCCAACCCAUGACGUCGGUGCGAGUUGUCGAUCGCCAUGAGUACCUCUCUUUGGAUACGCUUGACCAUGAUGAGCAGACUGAGGAUCGUCGCUCUUCUAGCGACAGGAGGUGA